CAUCAGGAUGCGCUGACCUCAUGCACGGAUCCAAGCAGAAAUCCCCCGAAUGAAAGAGCGGCAGGGGGAGAGAAAGGAGUUUUGAAAAGACCGGCAGAAGGAGCGGGUCUCGCUAUAACGACUCAAGCGACUCUUAAGUUCAGCUGGAAGAAACAAACAACAACACAGGAGGAGCUGCGCGCAGAUUAAACAGCAGCUGAUAUCUUUCUAACUCGUUUCCAGCCGCAGACUCACUUUGGGGACCCACGGAGCGACCACGAUGAGGGCUCUGGAUGCCGUGCUGCCGGCGCUGCUCGCCGCCUCCCUGCUGUGCCGGAGCGCGCUCUGCGGCUACGGGAUGAGCCUGUUCGCGGCGCAGACCUCCCCGCCGGACCCCUGCUACGACGAGCACGGCAACCCGCGGCGCUGCAUCCCGGACUUCGUCAACGCCGCCUUCGGGAAGGAGGUGAGGGUGUCCAGCACCUGCGGCCGGACGCCGAGUCGCUACUGCGUGGUGACCUCGGCGGAGAAGGGCGACGAGAGGACGCGGAACUGUCACACCUGCGACGCGUCCGACCCCAAGAAGUGCCACCCGCCGGCGUACCUGACGGACCUGAACAACCCGCACAACCUCACCUGCUGGCAGUCGGACAACUUCGUGCAGUUCCCGCAGAACGUCACCCUGAGCCUGUCGCUCGGGAAGAAGUUCGAGGUGACUUACGUGAGCCUGCAGUUCUGCUCGCCCCGUCCCGAAUCCAUGGUCAUCUACAAGUCCAUGGACUACGGCAAAACCUGGGUGCCCUUCCAGUUUUACUCCACGCAGUGCAGGAAGAUGUACAACAAGCCCAACAGGGCCGCGAUCACCAAGCAGAACGAGCAGGAGGCCGUCUGCACGGACUCCCACACCGACAUGUACCCGCUGAGCGGCGGCCUCAUCGCCUUCAGCACGCUGGACGGCCGCCCGUCCGCGCACGACUUCGACAGCUCCCCGGUGCUGCAGGACUGGGUCACGGCCACGGACAUCAAAGUCACCUUCAGCCGCCUGCACACGUUCGGCGACGAGAACGAGGACGACUCGGAGCUGGCGCGCGACUCCUACUUCUACGCCGUGUCGGACCUGCAGGUCGGCGGGCGGUGCAAGUGCAACGGCCACGCGUCCCGCUGCGUCAAGGACCGCGACGGGAGCCUGGUGUGCGAGUGCAAGCACAACACGGCGGGGCCCGAGUGCGACAGGUGCAAGCCGUUCCACUACGACCGGCCGUGGCAGCGAGCCACAGCCCGGGAGGCCAACGAGUGUGUCGCCUGCCACUGUAACCUCCACGCCAGACGGUGCCGAUUCAACAUGGAGCUCUUCAAACUGUCGGGGAGGAAGAGCGGAGGGGUCUGCCUCAACUGCCGGCACAACACGGCCGGCCGCCACUGCCACUACUGCAAGGAGGGCUACUACAGAGACCUGUCCAAGCCCAUCUCACACAGGAAGGCCUGCAAAGACUGUGACUCUUACUGCAAAGCGUCAAAAGGCAAACUGAAAAUUAACAUGAAAAAGUACUGCAAGAAGGAUUACGCUGUCCAGGUGCACAUUCUGAAGGCAGACAAGGCCGGCGAAUGGUGGAAAUUUACCGUCAACAUCAUCUCCGUCUACAAGCAGGGGGAGAGCCGCAUCCGCCGGGGGGACCAGUUCUUGUGGGUCCGCGCCAAAGACGUGGCCUGCAAGUGUCCCAAGAUCAAGCCUGGGAAGAAGUACCUCCUGCUGGGCAAUGACGAGGACUCCCCCGGCCAGAGCGGAGUGGUGGCUGACAAAGGAAGCCUGGUCAUCCAGUGGAGGGACACGUGGGCACGCAGGCUCAGGAAGUUCCAGCAGCGUGAGAAGAAAGGCAAGUGCAAGAAGCCAUAGGUGGGGAAAACAGGCAGAGAGGAAGCUGGGGAAGGAAGAGGAAUCCUGGACAGGUGUUCAAGAAAAGGAGAGAAAGAGAUGUGAGAGAGAGAGAGAAAGGACCCAGGACACUGUUUCUGUUGCUGCUUUUUUGUGUAGAAGCAUGAAGAGAAUGAUUUAGGAUGAUUUAAAUUUUCUAGUGAACUUUUGUUGAAGGAGCUCACCUUGCAGAUUUGGUUCCAUGGUUUAUUUUACCCUGAGAUUCGUCUCUCUUGUGGAUUUGGCGAAUUUGCACCUAUUACCAGUAUAUAACAUUAUUUGUGUUUGUUUUCUUUACUCUAGUAUGAAAACCAUGUAUUGUAUGCUCUAAUUUUUUUUUUUUUAUGGACAUCCUAAGCUGGUGCAAAUGACAAAAAGACACUUAUUUACAGCUGCAAUAUUGCCUCUGCAUGUAACGUUUUUUUUUUUUUUUAACUGUAUUUUUCACAAAGAACCUAACUGAUUUCAUGGAAAGAUGUCUUUUAUCUGAGGUACGUGCUGUAAAAGCUACUGUUACUAUGGCAAGCCAACAUACAUUUAGUUGUCUUUCAUGUGUGUGAGUCAGGAAUAUUUGCAGUUUAAACAAUCAUAAAUCUCUGUUUUCUUUUUUUUUUUUUAUCACCAGUCAGGGCAUUUAAAGAUUGAGAAUAUGCAAGAGGAAGAAGAGAAACAGGGGCAGAAUUUACAAAGCAUCUCUACCCGUAAAUGCUAAAGUGAAGUUUUUCGGUAAGGGUCCAUAUUCACACUUAUUAUUUGAGAGUGGUCAAGUCACCAAGGGGCUUCUUAAAGGGAGAACUUCAUCGAAAAGUAAAUUGAUAAUUUUACUCGUAGAUUCUUAAUAUCUGCUAAUAUCCAGUGAACAUUUACAGUUUGAACUGUUAAAAAUUGCUAAAAUUAGCUAAACAUAUUUACAUGUUCAUGCUUUUCAUUGGUCAACCUGUUUAGUACUUCAGAAACUCAUCUACAAUAUAUUGAUGCGUUUAUGAUAAUUUAAUGCUGACAAAAGCGCAUUUGUGAGGCCACACACUGAUGUUGGACGGGAAGG